UAUUUUUUGAUAUAUAUGCUUUAUAUCCCAACAUCGACCCUGGCCACUCUCGGCACCGUACGGGGGAUUAAAAUGCGAAAAUACCAACAUACAACCUCCCGGCAUCUAAGAUUAUAACCCGAUCGGGGAGGGAAUGGAGAAAGGGGGAGCCCUGAGCCAGCCAACUCUCACCUUGAGAUCCAAGCAGGAUGGGGCCAGGAGCUCUGAGAUCUGCCCCUGCCUCUGUCACUCAAGGGGCUUCAAGGUUAUUUCUGGGAAAGAGAAGCCGUUUUUCAGAUGCGGCCACAUUGUGGUUGCGAUCUAAUUCCCUUGUGGCCAGAUAGGAUCCCAAGGCCACUGCACCAUGAAAAGUUCUGCCCUGCCGUAACCUAGUUCAGCCUGCGGCUUCUGAAAACACCGAUGGAAAAGGCCUCAGGGAAGGCAAAAUAGGCUUAUGGUUUAUAUAAGGCAAAGGUGGGGAACUGUGGCCCCUUUAGGACUUAGGAGUUGACUGGCUCAGGAAUUCUGGGACUUAGAAGUCCACAAAUUCCAAAAGGGCCAUCAUUCCCCGUCCCUGACUUAAGGUUUUACAUACUUAUCUUUCAAAACAGAUUUUCCAGAGCUGCCUACAGCUAGCGUAAAGCAAACAUUUUAAAGCAGUCUCUUAACAAGUUAAAUUUAAAACAUUAAAAAGGUUAGUGACAUAAUUUUGAAACCUUUAAUUUUAAAGUUAUUUAAAAUGUUAAAAUCUGUUAAGGGCACCCAAAUUAAAAUCAGGGAACAGGUACAGCAGUAAAAGUUAAGAAUCAAGUGUCCCAGGAGAAUUAAGAUGUCUGCCUGAAAGUCGAGACAGCCGGGGAGGCCAAGCGGGGCUGCUCCACACGAUGAGCCCGGGGUGUGCACACCGAGAGCCGCAUUUCCUUGCUGACCUGCCCACCUUUCGUUUUUCCUCCCUGGGACAGAACCUGUCCCUGCUGUAUCUCCAGCGCUGCAGCCGGAUCCCCAGCAACGCUCUGGUCGACCUGAUACAAAGCUUGCCUUCCCUCAAGAAGCUGGACCUGUCGGACACCCAGUGCAACACUCAGGUCUUGUCGGCCGUGGGUUCCACCUGCCGCCACCUCUGCGAGCUGAACAUCUCCGACUGCAAACGGCUGUCUGCAGACUCCCUUUUCCACCUGGUUUACGACGUCACGGCCAGCUCCUUCUCUUGCCAGGGUCUGCAGGUGCUUUCAGUUGACGGUUUGGAGCCCAGUGGCAAAAGCCGGGACCUGGUCUGGGCCCUGGUUUUUGUUCUGCUGGCCCUUCCCAGCCUCCGGUUCUUAGAAAACGAGUUUGUUUCUGAGGCUCUGCAGGAAAUCCUCGGGCAGCAGUUCGCGGCGGCCCAGAUCGACCCCCGCUUUCCCUCCCUGGAGGAGCUAGCCCGGCGCAGGAUGGCCAUGCGUGCAGACCAGGCCGGCUCCAGGCUCACGUUGCCCCUCAAGGAGCUCCUGGAGGUGGAGGAAACUUUCUUGCCCACGGUUUGUGCCGUGUGCCCACACUUAACCAAAGCCAUCGUCCUCCUGGAUGACGGCUCUGCCUUGAGCCCCGCCUUCUACACCUGGCACACCCUCACCGACCUGACCUUGGACUGCAGCAGGCCCCGGAAUCUGGCAGAGCUUCUGCCGGUGGCGGCCAUCCUCGGCGCCCAGAUGCAGUCCCUCUCCGUCGACGGCUUCUACAUCAGGGAUGAGUUGUCUUUCCACAUGGUGCUCAAUCACUGCCCAAACCUCCAUAAAUUCAGUGCCAGCAUCUUCCUGUCCCUGAGGGGCCAGGGAAGCCCCACCCUGGAGCAGGAUGCUGUUUUGACCCCCCCCAGGUUCUCCCACCUUGUCGAGUUUACCUUGAACCUUUGCCAUUUGCACACUUCCGCACCUUCCCAGCCUAUUCCAAGGUUGAGAGCAAACCUCCUGUCCGUCCUCCAGAACUCCCCCUGCCUGAAGAGUCUGGAGCUGUGCUACCUGCCUUUCUGCCUGGACGAGGUGUUCGAGAAAGUGCUGGAGCCCCGGGGCGCCGCCCUGGUGCACCUCCGUUAUCUCUCUCUGCUGCAGUGCCAGAUCUCCAUCAGCACCAUCCACCUGCUCCUGGCCGCCGACAACCAGCUGAAUUCCCUCCACUUGGACAAAUGCCCAGACAUCUACCGGGGCGACUAUGACGAGCUUCUCCGGAAAGUCAGCCGGGAAGGCCUCGACCUGCACAUCCAGUGGGAGUGAAGGCCCAGGUAGUCCGGUUUCGUUUAUACUGAGGCCAAAGUAUUGGAGCCCCUCUUAAUAAAGUUUGUAUUCUCUCC